CCCGCAGGGAGUCCCCGCGCGGUCGCGCCACCGCGUUUCCCGCAGCGGCUGGGGGGUCCGGGCGUGCGGAGCCCCGAGACCGAGCCGGGCGCCCCCCAGCGGCCGGCGCGGGCCCCAUGGCUGGGCCGGGCGGAGCGGAACCGGCGAGGUGAAGCCCCGGGGCCGGCAGCCGGAGCGCGUGGCGGGGGCGCCGGCUCCAUGGGCAGCAGCGCACAGCGGCGCGAUGAUGGACGUUAACAGCAGCGGCCGCCCGGACCUCUACGGGCACCUCCGCUCGUUCCUCCUGCCAGAGGUGGGGCGCGGGCUGCCGGACCUGAGCCCCGACGGGGGCGCCGACCCGGUCGCGGGCUCCUGGGCGCCGCACCUGCUGAGCGCGGUCCCGGAGGUGACGGCCAGCCCCGCGCCCACCUGGAACGCGCCCCCGGACAAUGUCUCGGGCUGCGGGGAGGAGAUCAACUACGGCAGAGCCGAGAAAGUUGUGAUCGGCUCCAUCCUGACGCUCAUCACGCUGCUGACGAUCGCGGGCAACUGCCUGGUGGUGAUCUCCGUGUGCUUCGUCAAGAAGCUCCGCCAGCCCUCCAACUACCUGAUCGUGUCCCUGGCGCUGGCCGACCUCUCGGUGGCCGUGGCGGUCAUGCCCUUCGUCAGCGUCACCGACCUCAUCGGGGGCAAGUGGAUCUUUGGCCACUUCUUCUGCAACGUCUUCAUCGCCAUGGACGUCAUGUGCUGCACGGCCUCGAUCAUGACCCUGUGCGUGAUCAGCAUCGACAGGUACCUCGGGAUCACGAGGCCGCUGACGUACCCCGUGCGGCAGAACGGGAAAUGCAUGGCCAAAAUGAUUCUGUCCGUCUGGCUGCUCUCCGCCUCCAUCACUCUACCCCCGCUCUUCGGCUGGGCCCAGAAUGUGAACGACGACAAGGUGUGCCUGAUCAGCCAGGACUUCGGCUACACCAUCUACUCCACCGCCGUGGCGUUUUACAUACCCAUGUCAGUGAUGCUGUUCAUGUACUACCAGAUCUACAAGGCCGCCAGGAAGAGCGCCGCCAAACACAAGUUCCCGGGCUUCCCGCGCGUGCAGCCCGACAGCGUGGUGGCGCUCAACGGCAUGGUGAAGCUGCAGAAGGAGGUGGAGGAGUGCGCCAACCUCUCGAGACUCCUCAAGCACGAGAGGAAAAACAUCUCCAUCUUUAAGAGGGAGCAGAAGGCAGCCACCACGCUGGGCAUCAUCGUGGGGGCCUUCACCGUGUGCUGGCUGCCCUUCUUCCUCCUGUCCACAGCCAGGCCCUUCAUCUGCGGCACCGCCUGCAGCUGCAUCCCGCUGUGGGUGGAGAGGACAUUUCUGUGGCUGGGCUAUGCAAACUCUCUCAUUAACCCUUUUAUAUAUGCCUUCUUCAACCGGGACCUGAGGACCACCUACCGCAGCCUGCUGCAGUGCCAGUACCGGAACAUCAACCGCAAGCUCUCGGCCGCAGGCAUGCACGAGGCCCUGAAGCUUGCCGAGAGGCCCGAGCGACCGGAGAUUGUGCUACAAAACUCUGACUACUGUAGAAAAAAAGGUCAUGAUUCAUGAUCGAAAGCGGAAUAAUGGAGAGGAAAUAAACAAGGCAAAAUAGAGGUGGAAACAGAAGGAAAUCAUUUGCGGAGACUGCAGACCGGAAUGCGGCUUCUUUCUUGGGAUGCCUAAGCCCUGACAAACAGGGCGAUCCGUUGUACAAAGCAUCUUACGGGGGAGACCGCGACCUCUCCUUUUCCCUGUGGGUCAGUGCUAGUGUGUGUUCUCCGUUUAAGACAGCCAGAUCAUCUCAGCAGUAAGCACACGAACAGAACUGGGUUCCAGAAAGGAAGCAGUUUCUGGUGCUUUGCAUAUGUCCAAAUCCACACAAGUGGGAGAAAGUUCCAAUGCGCACUUCCCAUGCUUCCGAGUUUAGGCAUUGUGGUGACUAUUCAGGAAUCAUUCAUGAGACAGAAUGUAUUUUCUUGUAUGACAGAAGGGUUUUCCCAAGCAAACUGCGGUAAGCAUCGUGUUGAAUAUGUUGCAUGUCCAUGUUAGAAAACAGAACCCAGUCAUCAGCUAAUACAAAAGAUUUCCCAGAGCAGUGUUUGUUUCAAGCUUCUGUCAAAUAGUUUGGCUUUUCUGCAGGGUCCCUGUGACUUCCCCUCCAGUGUACUUUCUCUGUUAACUCACUUGCUGUUACGGUGUAACUCAGGAACAGAUCUCAGGCUGGAGAGAAGCAUAAAAGUCAAGCUUUUCCUUGGGUCCUGAGAGGUGAGGGGGAUUCCUUCUGUGAGGGUUUCUACCUGGAUAAAGUGCCAGCGCUGCGUAACUGCAUUGUAAUUAACACGAUCAUUGGCAUGUUUUUGAAUCUCAGUGAUAUAACACAAGGGUGCAGCGGGCCCACGGGCUGGUCCAUAACCGUGUGUUACGUGGAAGAUGUGUGGGAAUAAUGGGUUUUCUGUGAACGGUUGUGAUGUGUCUGGAGGUGUAGCAUAAACACGUGCAUUCUUGUUGAGCAGCAUUGUGUUAAAUUGAAUUGUGUGAAUCCGAGGUCAGCCAAGACCACUCUUGGGGAAUGCUCCCAAAUGCUAUUCUGUUCCUUCUAGAGAAUUCGUUUCUGUGUUCUCUGUAUCUUAACUUAAAUGUGUGCCUGGGCAAUUCUGUCCCCUGACCUCCCCAUCCCCCAUGGUAGACAUUAAGGGAAGGGAAGGAAACAGAAAAUGUCCCUUUGGGGAUAGUAUUUUUUUUAAAAAAACAUGGUACUACAUAAUAAGUAUGAGCUAAGGACACAGGAAAACGCUAGAUCAGAAGAGAACCUUUACCUACACAGGAAGAAUGAAUGCAAGCCUUCGUUUGAUAGGAGAGAACUGAAAGAGAAUAUAUUAUUUUCCUACAAAAAAGAAAGCUGUCUUCUCACAGGAUAAAGUGGAAUUCCAACGUGGACCAUGGACUUGUUCCAACUUUCAUUGACAUUGCUUCUUACCAGACACGGGGAAGGGCUGCCUUUCCGGAAAGGGGAGGUGGGCACUGUCCUUUCAGACAAAGCUUGUACAAAGUCCUGAACCGCAGAUUUGCUAAAGUGACCGUAUAUACCUAUAUUCAUAAUUUAAAUGAUUAUUUAUGGUCAGAUACAUAUUGUUAAACUUGAAAAUGUUUUAUUACAUUACAUCAAAUAAAGUUUAUUUGUAGCUGAAAUAAAGCAACACUUACGUAAAGAUUUUUAAUUAAA